AUGCAAAGAUUCAACCCGACCCAACCCAUCUCCACUCCGUUGUUCACCCAAGAGUCCAACCUAGAGUUUGCGACGCGCAUUGCCAAACUCCUAGCAAGGAAAACCCAGCUUCCCGCCUAUGUGGGCACUUCACUAAAUCUGUCCAGUAUGGGCAUGGGCGGCACGCCCGAAGAGGAGAUGGAGGCCUUUAAGAAGGUCAUUGAGGUUAUCUUGGCAAAAACGGAACACGUUCGUCAGCCUCCGCCUGGCUCAGAAACGGCCAGCACGACAUCCGUCAAGGCCUAA